GAAGCUACAAAAUGGCGCGUGGGCAGUGAUGCGUUUUCAGGAAAAGACACAAAACUGCUCUUUAUGCCAGAACCCAUAAUGCAAAACGGUGCCGACACUGUGAAAGAUCAUUUGGAAUCUGCUCCUGGCCCUCCAGCAUCUUCCAUUCUUGUAACAGAGGCGGAGAUAUCUGUAGAAGCAAUCAAACACAGCAAGCAGGAGGCCUCCAUUGUGGCUGAGAGUAGUGAUACUAGUGCUAUUGGUUCGAGUAGAUUGGAGCAAGUGGAACCAGAUACUGACGCUUUUGGAUUAAUACAGCUGAUCUAGAGAUGAUGGCAGCUUUGUUCUAUAGCACUACGAAAGCCAAGAAUGGCACCUCGUCCGCCCCGGACACUCCAGACCUGGACAACAAACCGGAGAAAAGUCAGCAGAGCGAUGAAAAGGAGCAGGUUGAAGCUGGUGUAGAAGAGGUACCGAAAGAAGCUGUGUUGGAGGAAGAAAAGGCUGUCAUGGAAGAAGAACCUCAACCCAAGGGAGAUGCUGACAAGGACGUCAUCAAACCAGGGAAUGACACUAUACAAGAAACUGUUCCGGAGCCUAGCAGUGACAAAGAGGAAAGCCAGAAAAAGAAACUUGGUCGACCUAGAAAAAUUGAUUCCGGGGAAAAAGUGGUGGAAAAAGUGAAGAAGAAAAUGGGUCGACCACGUAAACAUCCAGUUGCUGAAGAUGUAGCCAAAGAUAAUGUGAAGGAGGCUGAGGUGGAAAAGGUUGUUGCGACAGAGGACGCAGCUCCAGAGGUGGAUGUAGACUUAUUUACCUACGUCCCUGGUAAGACUUCAGACCCAAUUCAGUUAUCUACUGUGUCGAGCAUUGUGAGCGGCAGUGAGGGUACAGCCAGUAUGGAUGGUGAUACGCUUGAGAACAGCAUUAAAUCUGGGGAAGGUGGCCUUUUGAAUGGUUCUAAGCAUUCAGAGGUGAAGAAAUUAUUGAAAACUAAAAUACUGAGUUCAGAGAAGUCCCGUAAACGGAAAGCUAGCAUGGACAAAGUUUCUCAGGCAAAGGUGAAGAAAUCUGGGUCAAGGCCACCUGCGGAAGAUUCCAGUAGUUCGCAAAAGGAACAAGACUUGAAUGAUUUCCUAGAUGCAACGCAGAAGGCUUUGUCGGGACAGGAGACCAACGGUGUUGCAGACACUCACGAGGAGGGGGACGACUCCGCUGCUGCUCUGAUGGCCAAGGGUCCAUGUCUGGAUAGUGAUGAGGAUGAUGAACAACUGAAAUCGUAUUUGAAGAUCCCAGCUCCAAAUAAGCCAUGGAGUAUUAAGAAGAGGAAGAAGAAACAAUACCUGACCUCCUCUCUAAAGAAGAAAAGCCCCAAAAGCCCCGAGAACCUGAAGAGGCUUGCUGAAAUGGCAACAAUGCAGAAUUCUUUUGAGGCCUUGAAUACCAGUUUUGUUGGUGAGGCUGAAGUGAAUGAUGGUGCUAUGUCCUCGGUUGUUGGGGGGGAUAGUUUAGAUGGAGAAACGGACUCGUCUGCGAAGAGCAGCAAAACCAAAAGCAUCGUUAAGAAAAAUGCUUUUGCGGUGUUGAGAGAACAAUUGUCUCAAGAGCCUCGGCUAAAUGAUGCCGUGUUGGAUAUUCACAACGGCGACAUGAUUCCCCCCAUCCCAGAUUCCGCCGAAGAGUUCCAAUCCCCGAAAAGGAGAAUUAAGAAAUUCAAGGAGGAGCCAGAUAGAGAAGAUAUGGUUGAACCAUAUGGUAAAUCAGGAGAGACAGGUAUUGGUAAGCAAGAUAUUACUCUGACAGAACCCAAAACAGCAGACGUGAAAAAAGUACCCAAGGGGAACUCUCCAAGAUCGAAGAUGCGCAAGAAAAAGUUUCAUAAAUGGAACAAGAAAAAGAAACACUCUCCGGCUGUUCUACAGAGACUAGAGGCUCAGCUGAAAGCGAUGAAAGCUGCAAUCGAAGCCGAGAAGAAUGCAAGCAGCUAUGGCCUCCAGCCGGAAAUGAGUGUCAGUGCAGGGCUGAUGAAUAUUAAGAAGUAUGGGAAGAAAGUGUUGUCACAAAUAAAAAUCAAUCAGAAAAAAUAUGCAAGCAAUGUAAACGAUGAUGUUGUUGAGUCCCUGUUUUCAACCCCAGCUGCAGGUAGCGCGCCGCCGGCACCACGGAGGCUUCAGGUAGCCAAGAGAGGCAGAGGCAGGGGUAUGAAGAUGGGGAGAGGAGGUGGGCUGACUACCAAGAAAUCUUCUCCUAUUGUCAGGCUGAGCCCUCUCGGCCCUCCCAAUGAUACAGCCUCCCUGAACAACAGUGUCUCCGAUAUCUUUGCUGAUGCUGAAAUGAUGGAUGCUAAUCAUCCACGAGAUGAGGAUCCACCAGUGCUGACGAAGAUAUCUACCAUGGAACCAGUUAAAUCCAGCAUGAAGCGGCCAACACUGUCUAAUCAAGAGGAGGCUUUGGAUAGGUCAGUCUUUGUAGAUGUGCAUUCAAAAAUGCAAAAUAAAAAAUCAUUUCUGAAACCACGUGAAGCCACUGAGUUUGCUAGUGACACUGGUGCGGUCUCCCUGAAGAACAUUCUCCCUGCUUCUCGCCGGGCAACAGCUCCAAAGAAAAAUGCAUUUGCUGUCAAGCGUAGUUACAAGAGAUCCCUUCACAACUGUGGAAUGAAGAGGGGCAUGAAGAAGGGGUAUGGCCGGGGAGGCGGGAGGGGGCUUGCAUCUCGGAGGAUGAUAAGACCAGGAAUGGCCAUGUCAAAUUCUGGAACAGGUGUUGUUGACCCAGGUCUGCUUUCCCCCGAUCAAUGUUCUCGAGGAACUCCCCUUCACCGGUCCCCACACCCUCAAACACCCAUCUUGGAAUCGGAUCAAAUUCACCAGGGUGGAUUUUAUGGUAAAAAUGUACAUCGUCGGGGUGAAGGUCAUCGCAUGUCCCGGGAGAGGUCGGGGAUCCAGUCCUCACCCUCCCGUGACUCUCGCCACAGUUCCGGACAGGAGUUCCGGAAGCGUAGUUCCCCCGGCAGUUACAGACACUCCAUGUCCGAGGACAAUGACCAAGCGAGCGGCUCAGAGCAGAACAGUAACAAGUCCUUCAGUUACUCCCCCAACAGGAAGUCAGGGAUCGGCAGCACGGUCGGAGCAGUGAUAUCUCAGUUGUUUGGGGAUGAAAUGCCGCGUCUGGUCCCGGGGAGCGGCUACGUCAUCAACGUGCGACUGGACGUGGAGCGGAAGGAGGCCACGGGGAGCCACAAGAGUCACAAGAAUGUCUCCACCCAGGAGGACCUGGACUACGACAGGAGACGCCACACAUCUCACCAUUCCACAUCAAGGGAGAAAUCGACGCAUGUUUCGUCCACCGUCAACUCCUACUCUCGUAAAUCAUCUCAUUCCGAACCCCAGCCAUCCACGUCCGCCUCCCCAGACGACCCUUACCCAAGGGAGAGAACAGCACAGCGACCCCGCAUUUCCGAUGUUGACCUGUGUGCCAUGUUGGAAGAGAGGAUAUCGUCCCGUCGCGGACUGCGGGUUGAUGUGCGAGACAAUCUCCUGGACAAUAUCAAACAUGUGGAGCGUGUUCUCAAAGAAUCUUCCUGAUUUCCAAAGGUUGAUGUUGUGAUGUGUGUUGUGGCUACCCAAACAGUAGCUGUGAACAUGGUGAAUGUUUUGUGAUAAAUUUUGUAUUAAAACCAUGCACUUUCACAUUUAUGCAUUAGAUUAGAAACAGCGUAUCCUGCAGAACUUCAACUGGGGCUGAAGAUGCAGAUGAGCAUCUGUCUGAGAGAGCUUGUUUCUACAAGACUGGCAGCUUUUUUGGUUGGGAAGUCCUGUCAUGUAUUCGCUUGUUUCUUCAGAUGAUUAGAAAACUAAAUUCAUAUAUAUCGUAGACAUUUAAGUGGGAGAUUUGUUUAUAGUAGAGACCUUUUUGUAAAUUGGUUUACAGAUUCAACCAACACUAAAAUAAUGGGGGUAAAACUCAAAUUUGAAAACACUUUCUUUUAUUCUGUUACCAAUUUGUACAAAGCUGCAAUAGGUUGAUGACGGGCCAUGCUUUCGCUAGCAUGGCACACAUGGAGACCUACUUGGAUAAGUUUUGAAGAAUAGGAUCAAACUUUUCACACAGAAGACCGUAAACCAAAGAAUGCAAACAUUCUGACGGUAUGCAUAUAUUAAUUUUGUAGCUAUUUCGCUGUGACGAAGGUUAAGGUGGAACUUUCCAUGGCCUGUAUAUUCUGUGAGGUGAACAGCUGCACCCAACAGUUAGAUGAGACCAAAUGUAUUCCAACCAAUAAAACGACACCCGUGCAUGUUCUUCAGGAAUGGAUGGGUUUUAAAAAGAUACACUCAUACUUGCAAAUAAAGUUAUUGUCGUAGUCUUAUUUACGAUUAUUGUAAUUAUGGGACUGAUGGCCCCUGAUCAACGUCUGAUGAGCCCCUCAUGGGCCGCUGAUGAGUCUCUGAUGGGCUGCUGAUGAGCCUCUGAUGGGCUGCUGAUGAGUCUCUGAUGCGCCUCUGAUGAGCUUCUGAUCCAUGCCCCAAUCUUUGAAAUGACUAACAUGUAUUUUUUUUUUAAAGAGUAGUUUGCCCUGUUCUUUUCGUAAGACGGUGGAUAUUGAUGAAAUAUUGAUGGCUUCCUGAAUCCAGAGAUGAUGAGUUGUGAUCCAUGUGGUUAGAAGGGAACUUGAAUCUAUAGUCUGGUGCCUUAACCCUAGUAGGUGCUGACCAUGUUCACUUUCUUCUCAGUAAAGGAUUAAUAGGAGGUGGGAGGUGUGCUUGUGGAUGUUAUGUUUAUGUUUGAUAAGAAAUAAACUUGGUGCUUGUACUUGUUGGUUUUGCUGAAUUAGUAAGUACCCCUGUUCUUGACUCCACCCACCAACAACACCCCUGUUCUUGACUCCACCCACAGACAGCACCCCUGUUCUUGACUCCACCCACAGACAACACCCCUGUUCUUGACUCCACCCACAGACAGCACCCCAGUUCUUGACUCCACCCACAGACAACACCCCAGUUCUUGACUCCACCCACAGACAACACCCCUGUUCUUGACUCCACCCACAGACAACACCCCUGUUCUUGACGCCACCCACAGACAACACCCCUGUCCUUGACUCCACCCACAGACAAAACCCCUGUUCUUGACUCCACCCACAGACAACACCCCUGUUCUUGACUCCACCCACAGACAACACCCCUGUUGACUCAACCUACCGAUACACAACAUUUCAAAACAACCAGCACUCCGCCAUUCAGAAAAGCAUUUCGCCUAUGUCCAAGGGCAUGUUAGAGGAUAUAUUUUUUUGAUAAAGUUAUGCAAUGUUCUGAUGGUAAUAGAGACAAUCAGUUGCAUUAAUAUUAAUCAUCAUAAGGCAUGUUUUUACAUGCAUGAAAAAGAAAACUUGCCCAAUCAAAAGGAAAAUGUUAAGGGUUUCAUAGAUUCUUGUUUUCUCUUGCAAUGUUGCUUCAGAUUAGAAGUGCAUUUUAUUUUUGCAGUAUAUAUACAUAUUUUGAUACAUUAUGAAUAUGUAUGAGCUUGUCCACCGGUGUUAAUUUUAUGCCAUAGUAGUUCAUUGCAUUCCAUCAGUGUUGUCCUCCUUGCCAUGGCUUAUAGUUGACCCUGACGAUACUUUGGGUUGAUAGUUGAGGUUAUCUGCCCUUUUAAAUCAUUUAUAAAACAAGGGGAGAUUUCUGACAAUAGUUGAACAUGAAUGGAAGUUAUCUGCCCUAGGUGUCGAAACAAGGGGAGAUUACUGAGAAUAGGUUAGUAUGAAUGUAGGUUAUCUUCUUGGUCAAUGCUGAAAUAAGGGGAGAUAACUGAGAAUAGUUGAACAUGAAUGGAGGUUAUCUGCUCUUAGUCAAUGACAAAACAAGGGGAGAUUACUGAGAAUAGUGGGGGUUAUCUACCCUUUUUUGGUCAUUGACAACACAAGGGAUGUUGAAUACGAAUAGGGAUUUUUCUGCCCCUAGUGUGUGUAGAUAUUUUUGAAGUGGUGUACCCUCAUCUCAAAACAACAUUACUUUGAAUUAAGAUUGGGUGAUCAGGCUUGCUGACUUUGUUGAUGCAUGUCAUCGUAUCCCAAUUGUGUGGAUCGAUGCUCAUGAUGUCAAUCACUGGAUUGUCUGGUCCCGACUCAAUUAUUUACAGACUUCCGUCAUAUAGCUGGAACAUUGCUGAGAGCGGCGUUAAACAAUGAACAAACAAACAAACAAAGCUUUGAAUUAAGCAUAUUGAAGACACAAGACUACUUAUUCCCAAAGGCAAUGUAAAUCAAAAACCCACUAUAAUGUCAGUUACUAGUCUGAAAGAGUGGCAGAUUAUUCUUUUUCUUGAAAAGAAACUUGAAGCUAUAAAAUCAUGGAUCCACAUCGUCAAGCAUUUCCUGAAGCACUGGUCAAUUGACUUAUCAGGCAACCUGCUUGAUCUUAAUUUGAAUUAAACGUUUGUGUGUGCGUGCAAUUAUGUUUGUCUUGCUGUUGUGUUGGAAGAGAAUAUUUACACAACACUGCAAUGAUCUUCUCAAACAAAUGUUUUCAGUAUUUUCAUUUGGUUAAAUGUUUCAAUGUUGAGAAUAAGUAGUAUUAUGUAUUAAACAGUAUUGUCAUAGAAUUAGAUCUAGUUCAGUUUAGGCUACAAUGAAUUAUUUGUGUAGAUUUCAUCCAGGCCAGACAUUGUGAACAUCUAAUCCCCUAUUUUGUCAGCUCUUAACACUUUCAAUGGAACUCUUCUGAUAAAGAUAUGUUCUUUAAUCUUGAAUAGGGAAUUAUUGUAAUUACAUGUGCAGUGAAUCUUCCAUCAAUAUUUCUCAUUCUGUAUACCUGUAUACUCAUUCUGGCAAAGACAAGUUUUUCAUAAUAUACAGAUAGUACUUAAUGGUUGGCAUAAAACUUUGAAGGAACAUUUGAUAUUCUGGUAUUUGGGGGAGGGGACCUGGGAUUUAUAUUGAGACAAGAUAACUUUUCAGCUACGGCUGCAAAGCCAGAUAUAUUUUUAAAUAUAACUAAGAUAAGAUAUUUCUUUUAAAAAACCACAUUGCAACAAUGUCAUGUUUGUGGCAGACAGUUGUUUUUUUCCAACAAUACAAAGCAUAAUUAUUAUUUUUCAAGAAUUUUAGGGGACAAUCUAUUUUUUCUCGAUAAGAUCCGAAUCUCCCCCAAGAAAGUCAAAUGCUCAUCCUCUUAAUACUGGUAUCAGCAGAAUUUAAGAUCAUAUGUAGGCAUUAGUGGCAAGAAAUAACUAUCCAUUAGAUAGAUUAUGUUCUAUAGCUAUUUCACAUGAUUUCAUUCAGUUUAAAAAAAGGAGUUGUAUUGAAAGCAGGUUGGAUGUUGAGAAUAUGGCAACAUCUUUGUGAAUAGGAACGUCACAGUGCAUAGAAAUUUCUUUUCUUGCUGAACACUUGUAGAUUGUAUGUCAUGAGAAAAUGUAUUGAAUUUGUAUUGGGCAAGAGUGGAAAAAGGAAAUGUGAUACUAAUUUGUGCCUUGAUAACAUGAUUUGUAAUUAUAUUGAUAUCAAGGGAGAGCGCACCUUAGGGUUGAAGGGAGAGCACUCUAUAGUGCUAAAGGGAGAGCACUCUAUAGUUUCACAACUUCCAUACUUUGUUGUAUUGUGUCACAUUUUGUUGUGGUUAUUUUUCUAAUCAGUUGCUCCUGAAGAGACGUUUGCCUCUGUAACUGCUAGCACAUCCACCCUAAUGCAUUUUCUGGUGGGCUUAGUUGGAAAUGAUGAUUUGUAUGUGAAAGAGUAAAAUCUAGCUAUUCAUGUUGAAUAGACAAGUCAGUAUUCUUCUGUUUCACAAACUGACGUGAUUGAAGACUUAAAAUCUGACAUGUAGAUUGUAUAAAUGUAUGGAGAUAUUAUUGAAUUUUUGUUGUUGGCAAUCUCCCCAUCUUGUAAAAUUUGAUUUUAGAAAAUAUAUUUUAUAGUUCUGCGAUUUGCCUGUAAAUUGCUUGGAGUAACUGGUGUCAAAUGUUUGCUAGAUUACCCAAAUAAUUAUACAGGGCAUUGAGUACUUAGUUUAGAAAUAGUUUUCAUAUACCGUCUUUUUCGAAGUUUGUCCUUUUCGAAGUUUGUCCUUUUAGAAAUAUUUUCUCAUCUUUGAAACGAAUGUCAACAUGAAUAUAUGUUUACUUUUACAUGUCAGAAACCUUCCACCUCCAUUAUCUGCAGGGGGCACAGGUGGCCCAGUCGUCUAAGGUGCAGCAAUUCACUGUUCAUGAGGUUCACCCUCAUAUGUUUCUAGGUUUGUCAACACCAUACCCAUGCUCGUGGGUUUCACCAAAGUGGUAAGCGUCUGAAACCUGCAUCACUUCCUCUCACUUUCUGCUGACACACUGUGAUGUAACUGGAAUACAGUUCAAAGCUGCAUAAAACCAAACCCACCCUACCACUUAUGUAUUGGCAGUGUAAAUUCAAAAUAUACUGUGACAUGAUACAACUGAAAUACUUUCAGAGCAGGGUUAAGCCCAACCAUCUCACCAGUGUUGUUUUUCUGUGAGUAAUAGAAUGUUUGUAUGUAUGAUUGUAAGUAUGUUAAAAAUAAUGUUAUAAGCUGUAAAUAUCAUAACUUCUUUAAGUGGCAUUUGGAGGCUGGUAUGAUGAACAAAGGAUGUAGUGGAGUUUAGUGAUGGCUGUAAACGCCACCGUGUAUCUACACCAAGACGUCACAAUCAUUGUAAGAAGUAUAUCCAUAGAACUAUUUCCCUUGUGCAAAUAUCAUAUUCAAAAAUGUUAUUGAAAUCACUUAUUCUUGUAGGUUUUAUUCUUUAGGACAUACGUAUCAAUGAUUGGUCUAUGACUAGGCAGGGAUUUGCUCAGACCAGGUAAGUUAAGGCCACCAAGUUUGCAGCAAUUUUUAGUAAAAAUUCCCAAAUGCUAAUUAAGAAUUUUCUAUCUCUUGAAAGUGUAGUUAAAACUAAUGGCUUGGUAGAAAUGACUUGUAUUCCACUUAAAGCAAGACCAUAAAACAGGAAAGAGGCUUAGUUUGACAUUAGUGUUUGGAAUGCAAUGUUAAAAUGUGAUGUUAAUGCACCUCUGAAAAAAGGAACUUGUAAAAAUCACAAAUCUGAACGAACAAAAGAAAUUUCCCAAUGUGGUGGCAGUUCAUUUAAAAUCCUAUAUGUAUCCAUGGUGGUGUUGUGGGGAUGUCAUUGCAUCAAGGCCUCCUACUCCCUGUGGAGCAUCCUGUAAAUAGGGGAUGAGGGACAGGAUUUUAUCGAAUGUACAUGGGUAUGUACUGACCCCCAAAACAAUGGGAGGCAAAGUGCAUCAUGUUUGUGUGUUUUUUCCUUUUCAGGAUAAUGUAAGGUCACAAGUUGUAUCUCUUAACUGUUUAAGCACCGUCAAGCAUCACAUUGUUCUCGAAAUGCACCUGCAGCACACUGUCCUAAAUGUAUCAGUUGUGAUCAUUUGAGGGGGACAAAAUUAUUGUACGAGUUGGUGUAUCAAUUUGACAGUUGUGAUGAUGGGGUUAUCAACCGGUAUUGAAUAUAUAUUUUACAUAUAUAGUGUCCAGAAGGUACUGGAAUGCAUAGGAUUAGAGUACCCUUGUGAAAAUCUCAAUGCCAGGCUGAUGUCGAAUUGCUUGAUUUACAGUUUCUGUAUCUUUUAAGUGACAUUUUAGAAGCUGCAUUAUCAAUGGAGUUCAGCUUUUUUCUUCAAUGUGAUGUCACGCUUGAUAAAGGUACAGGAAUCUGUACCAAACUGUUGCACUGAAAGAAUAAAGUUGAAAUUCAUAAGUCAACUGUGUCUUUUGUAAUUUGCCUUGUUAGGAUUCCAUGUCUGCAGUACAUUGAUUAUUCUGCCAACCUCCCUGACUAUUCACAUUCUAAAUAAAACAAUGUGUAUGUCAUCAUGAGAUGAACAUAUUUUGAUAGCCCUAUUGUCGUCAUUCCUUUGCAUUCACCUGAGCUACAUUUCUGUGUAAAUGCAUUGUUUCAUUGUCUUGAGCUGAUUUACCAUGGAUUCAAUUAAAGUUAAUGACAAGCACUUCAUGAAGGAAUAUAUUUCUCUCAGGUCGACUUCUUCCCCAACAUUUUGUGAAGCUAUGUGAUGUUUGCAGAGUCUAUUUUUGGUCAUCAGUCCUGACUUUCAAAAGAUGUUGGCCUCCUAUAGCAGAGAGUUAUUUGUUUGGUAGAGCACUUUCCACGUUUGUAUAUAUCUGCUUUGUUUCAAUUUCAUGGUAUAAUAGUGCAUGUGAGCUUGAUUCUGUAUAAUUUUCUUUCAAGAAAAUAGUGAAGCUGCGUUUUUUUCAUGAAAAAGUUAUGAAUUUUAAUUUGCAUAAUAUGACUUUUCAUGCUAUUUGGUUUCCCAAUGUAGAUUUGAGAGGGGAAAAUGAGUGGAAGUAUUGCAUUGAAUCUGAUGUUAAGAUUUAUUCUUUCUGGUGUGGAUGAUAUUUAUGUUAAUCCAUUACAUAUUGACAUUUCGCACAAUUAUGUAAAAUGAAGACGAUUUCCCCUAGCUUGGUGACAGCAUUGGUUGGUCACACUUGAUUCAGGAAAUCUUGUUCCCUGCACAAAUAUGCUUGUUACAACAAAAAUACAAUUGGAGUCGUCAAGAUCAAUCAACCUCCAGGAAAGACCUGGUCGCUGAAUCAUUGUUCUCAGCUGGACAAAGCGACAGGUGCUUUAUUCUCUGUAAAUACAUUUCAUUUUGCAAUUAUGGUAGAUUAGCUAUAGUGCUUGUCAUGGUGGUGUUGCAAAAUGUUCAUAUUACUCCAUGUUUUCUAAUUUGUGUGUCACUAUAACAUGAGCCCAAGAAAGAAUGCAGAAUAUUUUAUCUUUCUGUUGUGCUGUAAAUUGAAUGUCUGUCCAUCUCAGCAGAAAAUGUCUGACAUGUUUGUCUUUGUGUGAAGCGUGCAAGUGAGCAGCCCCUGAGGUUGUGUUGGAAUAAACCUGAUGUCAGUGA